UAAGCCGGGCGGCCAUGUCAGACCGAUCGAUGGCGAUGGCUCGUCUCCUGCCGCUGCUGCUGCUGCUCCAGCUGGCAUGCCCGUGCCUCGCCUUCCUCCUCUCCUCUCCUACGAGACUCCCUCACUUGUCUCCUGCUGCUUCAUCCUCGCGACUCGUGCGGUAUGGGAGGAAGGAAAGGGGCCUUGCUUUGCGCCCGGCCUUGACAGUUUGCGCCUCAAGCGACGGGCUCUUAUCAUGGGCGAGCGAGAAUGGCGCGAAGUUGACAUGCGCUGUGGGGCCUGGUGGUAUGACCCUGACGCAGGACGUGAAAUCUAACUCGGUCGUCUGCUCCAUCCCAUCGAAGCUCUUCCUUUCGAGAAGCACUACCAGGGCAGCUUUCGGCAGCAUGGCGGACAAACUUGACGUGAGAACUGCCAUGGCGCUUCAGAUUCUCUACGAAAAGUCCAAGAAGGAAGAAAGCUUCUGGUGUGAAUGGCUGAAAGUUUUGCCGGACAGAGAGAAUCUCGGCACUCCCUGCCUGUGGCCUGAAGACGACCAGAACCUCCUCAAGGGCACCAGCGUGUUCGAAGAGGUGGAGGCGAGCAAGAGCUUGUACUCAAAGGCCUUCGAGUCUCUCUCCUCCUCUGGUUGGGACUCCAAGAUCCCCACUGAAUUCUUCAACCUCGAGAGCUUCGAGUGGGCCAUGGAGGUCGUUCGUU